GUAAACAAAAGGACCCCCCUCCGUACCAUGGAAACUUGCCAGGCGCGUUCUCACUGACAUCAUCCAAACCCCUACACCUUCUCUUGCGAAGGAAUGCAACGCCAUUAAAUAAGCGUUGAAACUCUUCCACUGCUGAGUGCCGCACUAUCCACCAUUCCCUUUGCAAAGAACGCGCACAAUGGCUCGGCGAUCGGCGCGUCUAGCGAGCGGCUCCAAGGCACCCAAGCCGACGACAGGUGAUCAGAGCCUGUCGUCCCUUGCUGAGCGCGAUGAAAGUCCUACUGGAGGCGUCGCAUCCAGCCUCGAUGCAAUUGUCUCGUCUCCCCAUCGGCCUCCCAAGACCCCGGGCAAAUCGACGCCGAUGAAGCCACCCAUGUCCGAGAUGCACCCCAGCAAAGUUCAUCACACUAUGGGCCCCCCGUCAUCAAGCCUCCGGUUGGGCUUUACAGACAUCAAGCCUUCUGCCGGAUCGCAUAACAUUCCGGCAUCUAUCCAAACCACCCCGUCCAAGAUCGGCCUUCCUUCGUCGCCAUUUACCUUUCGACUUGCCCGUCAAGCCGCCGAUAUGAAACUCGGACCAGAUGCUCAGCGCAUGAUGGAUGAGAUUCGAGAGGAAGCUCUUAAGAUCAAGGCAGAUUUGGCUGCAAAGCGGGAGGUUGAAAAGGAGGAGGAGAAGCAGCUGAAUAGCCGCAAGAUUGCCCAGCCGAAAGGAAGGGCCGGACGUUUUAGCUCGGUUCACAUGGCCGAGUUCAAGAAGAUGGACUCGAUCGAGAACCACCCUUCAGCGUUCCGCGCGCAAGCCGGUCGCAUUACCCCGUCAACGGGCCUCAAGCGGACGCAGUCGCGUGCCAAUCUGAACGACUCGGAGUCCGUUCUCUCGAAGAGGCCUACUCCGUCCACUGCUAGGGCCAAAGCCAGCACAAGGGGAGAUGAUGAGCCAGUUUCUCCUGCAAAGCGCGCUAGGCAGCGCUUCGAGGACGACGCAUCCAGCCGCCGCCCUAUUUCUCGAGACGAAAGCUCUAUCCCGCGCCCAAAGUCAUCCGGCAAGGAUGCUUGGGGAGUGCCUCGAUCGAAAUCGAGCCUUGCUUCCCUCAUGACGCCAACAAAGGCAUCCAUGGCUCGCACCAUAGCUGUGAAGACGCCUUCUGGCUCCCUGGUAAAGUCUCCGUCCAAGCCGGCUCUCAGUGGGCUCAAGCGAUCCACUACAACCAACAACGUUGCGGCUGCCGUUUCCAGUGAGACCAUCUCCAAUGUCACGGUCCGAAGCCCAAGAAGCCGGUUCGGCAAGAUGAAGUCCCUGCUUCGGGGGAAUAAGCCGUCGAGCCCUGCCGACAUGGCCAAGAGUGGAAUUCCGCUUUCUUCCGAGCCCUUCUCGGCCUUGACCAGUCCAGUUCGAACGGAAAAGGCGCUGCCUUCUAUCCCAUCGGCGACUCCGACACGGAAGCUCUCCAAGCGUAGCCGUCCCACUCCGGAAACUACGCGGCUCGCGGUGGAGAACUCGCCUUCUCCAGUCAAGUCUGGUAUCCCGCGACCCAAAUCUCGGCGAGGUCCUGGGGAAGUCAGUUAUCCCACGUUGGACACUGUCAUGGCAGGAGCCGGUGCCGGCGGCGAUGUUUCCUACCCCGACCUUUCGGCCUACCGGCCCCUUCCUGAACCUCUUCAGCAAGUAAAGGAGGCCGUUGAGCCGGCGACAGGUCCUGGCACUUUCACUUUCCGUAGUGACCAUACAAUUAAUUUUGGUGGGACCUCGCCGACAGGCUUUGGCUCAUCCCCUGGCCAGUCCAGCGUUCGCCGCGUCCGGCCAUCGAUCUUGCCAACUGCAGGCAUGCCUGGAAGCUUCCCAGGUUCAGCGGCAAGUUCCAGCCCUAACAAGGAGAACGAGGCGCCGCAGCCAACUUUCCGAGCCCUCCCCCACGGCAUGGCCAAUAAAAAGAGGCAUCGGGUCAGUACCGACGAAGAGGAUGCCGAGAAGGAAGCUGCCGACCGGGCCGCUAAGAAACGCAAGAAUGAACAUGUCCCCGAGGGAGAUGCCUUGCUGGCUCCUCGACUGGUUGGAGCCAGCGGCAAGAAGCCGAUCAUGAGCCCGAGAAGACUGGGCACUCCAGGCGUUGCUGGGACGCCGAGCACAAAGAAGAAGCCCAUUCUUAGCUUUAGCCGACUGAACAUGCUGGCUCGCCCGAAGCUCAGGAAGUAAGAUUAUGGUCCGGAAAUUUGCGCGUUUCCAUAGGCGCCGUUGGUGCCUGGCAGUAACCAGAUGCCAACCUGUCCUCUCGGAAUCCACCCGCAUGUUUUGCGGCUUGGAUAUCCGAUUUUGUUAUUUUCGUGUGUUUUCCCCCCUGA